GUGUCGACCAAUCAGCGAUUGUCUUCCUCAAAUCCAACCAAUCAGAUUUCGACAAAGAGUAACGUCGAUGCAGAAUUUUAAAAGGUGCCUGAUAUGAUAGAACGCAGAAUCUUCCAACCGCCAAAUGGCGCUGUGUAAUCCAUUCCUUCCCUGUUUUGCUGUAGCUGGUCCGCUAGCCAAACAUCAAAAAGUGUUUUCAAGUGCUUUAAACAUGUCUGUUUUUGUUUCUGUAAUAUUAUAUGACAUAAAAGAACAGAUAGACGUAAUCAAUAUCCAUUGGAUGUAAUUGUGUUUUCAGAGAAAUAUAUGCAUAUAACACAACGUGUUGCUAGUUAGCCACGCAGCUGACGCGUUCACCGUCAUCGACUGUGUCCCAAACGACUCCCUACUCCCUACUCCCUAUGCUGUGUAACAAUGGUUUCCGCAGCAUAUGUAGUGCACUAAAUAUGUAAACCAGAGGCAUAUCGGAUACAGCCGUUAUUCUUCAUGCUUGGGUGCUGCGUUUCUUUAACGGACAGCAGAGUUUUCCGGCGAUUUCUAACCGAAAAUAAAUGAAAGAAAACAUCAGGAGUUGAAGAAAAAGCCACUCACACUCCAACAUUAUUCAGUCAACUUGGUAUCAAUGUUAAGUUUGAGACACCUAAACUUGUUUCAAAAUGUCUUCUGCCUUUAAGAGGUCUUUCUUCUUUUUUGUCAGAAGGCUAGGGUUAGUCGCCAUAGCAACAGCUAUCAUCUAACUACCUCUCACCUAUCAGUUUGUCGUUAACCACGGAGACUCUCAUCUAAAAUCUGAUGAACAAUGUCGACCGGAGACGCAGGGGAUCGUGGGAAGGAAAGGGAACGGGGUGCCCGUCCCAAAGUGCGUCAGAGCCGUUCUGAGGAACGGCAGGACAGCGGGAGGCGGAAAGGAGGCAGGGGUAAAAGGAAAGGACGCUUGGCUCACGAAGCGGCAUCGGACCGGCCAGUCAGCGAUGGAUUUGAAUACGGUGAUCUCUUAAACGGGUUGGAACCUGGAAACGGAGGUUCUUCGUUUCGUGAACGCCGGUGGCGCCAAGUCCUCAGCUCACCCGCGUCCUCGUUGACCGAGAAAGUCUCAGCCAGGAUAUCUCAAAACACUUCAAACGACGAACCCCCGGCGCCUGAGACCAGCAGCAAGUCUUCCAGUGGCAGUCGUACCCUCAGGCAGAAGAUUCAGGAUGCUGUAGGCCAGUGUUUUCCCAUCAAGACGCACAGUGGACCUUCUGCUUCAGGACAGGGCAUCUUGGCGUCUCCUGUCACAGCUUCUUCCCGGAGGAAGAUCCAUCUGAGUGAACUCAUGCUGGACAGUUGCCCGUUCCCACCUGGCUCAGAGCUAGCGCAGAAAUGGUACCUGAUCAAGCAGCAUACAGCUCCUAUUUCCCAACCGCCCGUACUUGACACUUUCUCUGGUGCUGGAGCAUCGACAUGCUCUGCUUCUGCAGCUUCCGCAGCUUCUGUAGUCGAGGACGAGGACGAUCGCUUGCGAGAGAGGAGGAGAAUCAGCAUCGAGCAAGGCGUCGACCCGCCACCCAAUGCGCAGAUCCACACGUUUGAGGUUACUGCGCAGAUCAACCCGCUGUACAAGCUUGGGCCCAAGUUGGCGCAUGGGAUGAACGAGCUGGCCGGAGACGACCGGGCCACUCUUCAGCAACAGCAGCACAUGCUGCAGAGGCAGCAGCAGCACCACCAACUGCUUCUCCAGAGCUGCUUGGACACGCUAGACGAGGUCGUUGCAUCUUCCUCAGGAUCUGCCCCAUCCUUCUCUGCAGAAUCCCAUCCGGAUUCGGAUUCCUCCUCAUCUUCACCAUGUUCCCUGACGAGAGGGUCUCUGGUGACGACAGAGCAUUUCAAACCUCAAGAUGGCCACCAUCGUGCCCACACGCAGAUCGACUACAUCCACUGUUUGGUGCCUGACUUGCUCCAGAUCACCAACCUGCCGUGUUACUGGGGGGUCAUGGAUCGCUACGAGGCCGAGACGCUCCUGGAAGGUAAGCCCGAGGGAACCUUCCUUCUUCGCGACUCGGCCCAAGAAGAUUACUUAUUCUCUGUCAGCUUCCGGCGCUACGGUCGCUCUCUGCACGCCCGAAUCGAGCAGUGGAACCACAACUUCAGCUUCGACGUGCACGACCCCAGCGUGUUCCAUGCACCCACGGUCACGGGCUUGCUGGAGCACUACAAGGACCCCAAUUCGUGCAUGUUCUUCGAGCCACUGCUCUCAAACCCCAUCCAUCGCACGCGGCCGUUCAGCCUCCAGCACAUCUGUCGCGCCGUCAUCAGCAGCUGCACCUCGUAUGACGGCAUCAGCGCCCUGCCCAUCCCCAACGCUCUCAAGGAGCACCUGAAGGAAUAUCAUUACAAGCAGAGGGUUCGUGUACGGAGACUCGACACUGGGUGGGAGUGAAAACUCCUGUGUGUGAUUGUGCUAACUUCUACCAUGGCCAGUAAAAACUCUGUCAACUAAUCCAGCACUCCUAAUGCAGGCAUGCCAACUGCAACGCAAGCAGGAAAACCGAAUGUGCUAAUGCUAGCGUUUCAAUUUGCUAGCGUUUCAAUUUAUCCAGUGCAAAACCAUGUUAGGGCUAGCUUUAAUGAACCACUGAUCCACAGUACCCAAGCAAUGCUAAUACAACGAACACUGCACCAUUUGGUUGCUAAUUCCUUCCACAGGCAGUAUAGACUAGCACUUUGCGGCUAGAAUCAAAACCCAAGUGUUCUAAUGCUAAUCCAGGGAAGACUGCGAUAAACUUCUGAAGUACCACAAGCGUUAAUGAAAUAGCAACUCCAAGCAUGCUAACGCUAAUACACUAACAACUGCAUGACUUGGUUGCCAACUGAUACCAUGGCAAGUAGAAACUAUAGUGUUAGAGCUAGCAUGAAUGAACCACUGCAUGUCAGUCUAGCAUAUUAAAAUGCUAAUCCGUUUUGAUGAUCACAUUAUGUAGCCAUUAACUGCUACAAGAGAUUGAUCUUUGGCUUUAAAGUGCCCUUGAAAUUAAAAUUUUGGUGUUUCAGAGCUAUUCGUGCGUGCCUUGUGUAUAUCAGCGAAAUGUUACAUCCCUGGGGGCGGGGCAUGGGUAAACCCCCGUUAACACUGGCUAGCAUGUUGCAGCUUGCUAUAAAAUAAUCCAGCUAGCAUCUUCACAAAGACUAAAUGGCUUUGAAUUAUUGUUAAUGUAAAUAGCUAGCUAGCUAACGAAUAAAACCGUAAUUAAUUCUAGCUAGCUGGUUUUGUAGCUCACAACUUUGGAUCAUUUGUUGGAUUCGGUGAAAGAAUUCAAGCUACUAGACACACUUACCUUGAUUUCCACUUUCAAAAAAAAGGUUAUUUCAUGGACACUUUAAGCCAAAAAUGUGAGGUCAACCAUGCUAAUGCUAGCAAACAUUUCAAAUCUAACGAGUGUGGGAAUAUUCUAGAAACUCUAAUCUUGUCUAGAAGUGCCACUUACAUCCCGGGACUGUGUAAACAGGCAUAGUUUAAAUUCCAGUAUUUUAAUUCCAGUAGUUUAAAAGCUUAACACCCCGAUAUUAUAAUUGAUUCUUGAUUCUCAGCUCCUAUUGAGCACUCUUAAAGGUGCAGUAAGUAAUAUUUUAAAGACAAACCUUUUAUUAUCUUCUUUAACAUCAAGAUUCCUUCACAUGAUGACAAAAUUCUUCUUACGAAUCGAGCGACUUUGCCCCGCCUCUAAACGGCUUCUGAUUUUUGACUAUCUCAUUGUAGAAUUGUGGGCGAGGCAUAAAAAUAUAAUAACCAAUCAUUUGUUACGUUUCACCUCCAUCACCCUCACAUCCAGUCACGUUAAUUUUGGAAUUCCAACUUUUCACAAGCCAGUCAAAUUACUUUUGGAUAAAACCAAAGUCCCGCCCACUAGAACAUGGCAUUUCACUUGGAAAUUCCUCAGAAGUACGCGUCUGAAUUUCCGUUCCACGUUGUCUUUAAAAUUUCGAGUGUAAUCCGCUGCAUUAUGAAGUUACUUCACUGCAGAACAUUCCAGACCUGCUGACUAAUCUUCACAUCAAUCGAUAUUUUGUCCUGCUGUAACGAAUCAUUCAGUUUGUUGCAUCUUUUGAGGACGAAUGUAGAACAUUUAAGGAUAUUCAACUGUGGAUGAGCAAAAUACACAGUUCUUUGCACCACAAGUUCACGAAUGUAGCAGUUUUGUAUAAUUUCAGGAUGAAAGCAGAAGAAACUGUACUUCACCUCGAUGGUUGGUGAUGCCUUUACUUGUCUGGAGCUCCAUAUUUGAAGGGUAUUUUAUUGCACUAUUCCCCUACACGUGUCUCAGCAUGGAUAAAUAACCAGCACAGAUAGCAGCGUUAAUUAGACACGUCUAUAAUAAUCAUACUGCGCUCGUUAGUAUCAGAAGUAUUAUGAUAUAUCGUAUACCUGAUUAUCGGCACAUGCCUAGCAAGGGUUAGUGUGAUUUAAUAUGAAAGAAUUGGAUUAACUUAUGGAAAGCUUCCAAAACUGCUGUAUACACACACAUACACUGUAUACACACACUGAGAGGCUCUCUUAGAGUCUUAAGGUAAUGAAGAACUGAAUAGCAGGACUGUAUUUAUUGCGAGUGUCUUAUUCUCAUCUGUAAAUUGCUUGACUUUAGAUUUGCUUUUUUUUUUUUCUUUUCUUUUCUUUUUUUUCUUUUGUGGGCCAGUUUGUAAGAAAGUUUCAUCGCAACCUUCAGAAAAAAAAAAAGAACAUUCUGAGUUGCACAAGCUUUGAGCUGCAUGAUAUGUUAGUUAGCUAAUGCGAACGCACACAAAAGAAGUUUCGAGUUUGGUGCUCUGCUGUUUUUAACGCGUCCUUGGUUGAAUCCCCUGUGCUAUCCUAAAUGUCUUUCUAUUCUAACAUUGUUUUGUUAGAAUGGAGUUCGUUACAUGACUGUUUGAUGAACACUCGAGUCAGUGUGAGCGUAGACCUCAGGGUUACAACUUAUGGGCCGGAACUUAAGUUCCAUCUCAAAAACGGCAAAAAAAAAAACCCGCAGAAAAAGCCAUUUAAAGCGCUUGGAAAUGGAACUUCUUAGCCAGAUAGCUAAUGUAUAUUCAUUUGCUAUGAACAAGGUUUGGAGGAAUUUUCAUAUGAAAUUACCAGAGAAGUGAAGUUACUCGAGUAUUAAGAUUUAGCAUUGGGACUAGCUAGCUAAUUAAAUCAUUAUUGGUUAGCAAGCUAGCUAAUUAACAACCUGGUCUGUAUGACUGUAUAGUUCAAAAGCAAUUGAUUAAACUAUUAUUUUUAUAAUAUUUAUAUAAUAUAGUUAGCAAUACCUCUGAUUACUGUGCUAGCUAUUUAGCACCACAGUAUACAUCUGUUAAGGUUUUGUUUCUAAUUCUCCACAAAGAAAUUACCAGAGAGGAGAGAAAUAUCAUAGUAUUACCCUUUAGCAUUUGGAAAGCUAUCUAAUUUAUUCAUUUAACAGGCUAGCUGGUCUUCUCAACCACAUUUUACGUUUAUUUUUUAUUAGCAAACCAUGAGAUGAGUUUGCUUUGGAAAUGUGCGUUGUGGUGAAAAUCGUCUCCCUGUGUUGUAAGUGCACACUUUUGAGUUGUACAAGGGAGUCAACGAGGGCGCGUUGAGAACAGGAUUGGAACACAGGGCUAGGAAGCGAAAAUAUUUAUUUUCUUAUUUGUAGCACUGUUUUAACUUUGCUGUUUCACUUGCUUUCCAGUCCUUUGUGUUAUUUUGGGACCACACUGAAGAUCUGCUGAACAAAUGAAUACAUGAACUCUGAAUAUUACUGUUUUUUUAACACUGGUAUUUAUUUCUGUUCUUUUUUAUUUAACACAUACUUACUCUGGGUUUUUGCAGAUAAUAGUUCAUUUCUAACAUAGCAACGUAAAAAAUGAGUAUUUGAAUGACGUGAAAAGCACACAAUAAACUCUUCUGUAUAUUUACA